GUGAGCAGCUUUCGUCAUUGGCCGCUGAAAUUCAAGGUUGGAGGAGCAGCGGGGAUUAACGUCCUUUAAAGCACAAAGCCUCAUCUCCACUCCGGCCUGCUGUCGCCGCUCCCCGCCCCUCGCUCCCAGCUCAUCCAUCUCAUUUCAUCAUCUGAUGCAGUUCUCUUCUGUCUGUCUUUUGCCCUUUCUCUCUCAAUCAGGCCAGCUGUGCAUCCACUGUCCUUCAUCACUGUCUCGUUUCUUUUUAAUUUGUUUUUUAUUUUUUGUCCACUGUGCCAUCGUUUCGUGUGCCUUCCUCUCUAGAGCCGGAGCAAGAUAUGAAGCGGAACCAUGGGUUUUAUGGAGUUCUACCUGGAGAUUGACCCCGUCACCCUCAACCUCAUCAUCCUGGUGGCGAGCUAUGUCAUCCUCCUCCUCGUCUUCCUCAUCUCCUGCAUCCUGUACGACUGCCGUGGCAAAGACCCCACCAAGGAGUACGCCCCCGACAGCACGCCGGCACCGCAGAGCCAGUCGCCCAUACGCCUUGUCGUCAUGCAGAAUUCGCCGACCUCUGGCCGCUGCGAGCCCAACAACACGUCGGGACACCCGGAGCCACCGACGCCGGACCUGAGCCGGGAGAGAGCGGAACGGGAGAGGGAGAAGAGGAGUACCCUGGUCUGAAGAUGAGGAGGAGAGAGCGCAGGGAGGAGGAGACGACCAUCAGUUGCUGUUCUAUCACUUCGUACUGUGGGCUUUCGUUCUUGAACUCCUAGUUUUUCUUUUUCAAAGUUGCUGGAGGAUAUUGUUGACCUGCAGAGGAGUCCACAGAUGGGUCUUUACGUCUCCUGCAAAUCCCAGAAUUCCUUUGCCAGUAGACGCCAGCAGAGGACAUUCCCUUCCCGCUGGUAUCCGACCUCCAGGCACAGCACACCGACUUCUGGCCGCUGCCAGACUCCGGCCUCGUUUCAUGAAGACACGGAGACAUUUCAAACAGCAAGAUCUCACCGUUAUCACCGUCUCCCUCAAAUCGACUCCCAUCAGGUGUUGCUCUGAAUCGAGAUGUUUCCAGGAGGAAAUUUCUGAACAGUGUCCUGAAGCAAAUCUGACUGAUGAGGACUCGGAUCAACCAAUGAGAGACAAGCUGGCAGUGAAUCAUGGACGUGUGCGAACAGAUGAUAGAUGGACGUCAUUCCGGGACAAUUCCAGGAAUCUUAAAGAACGCAAAUGAAACAAAUAGUGAAUCUCCCAGAAAAUUUACUAUGAAGAAGAUGCAAAUAUAGCAAUGUAAUAUCACUAGUUAUCUUCUUUUUUUUUUCUAAAGUUGACCUGCUUCUAAGGACACACACAGCUGCAGACUUGGACUUGCAUUUUUGAAUAUCUUAACAGAACGUCUUAAUGCAUUACCAUGAUAAAUACAUGUCUAAAUACAGAUAAAGCAAUUGCCAAGUAUCCAGUUGGCCCUCACUCAUGAAGCUGUGUCAGUAUAGCUCUGGCUUUGGGAAAGGGUUUAGGAUCAACUCCUGUAUGUAGGGUUCUUGAAUUAGAUAGAAGAGCAAAACAUGUGCAGUCAGGCUUUUAUUACAACACACACAUCACCAUAAAGCACCUUUAGUUUAACAGAAGGCCCGAAAAAGCAAAACUACUGAGACACAAAGCACUUCAAUCGUGUCAUUGCCGUCCAAGUCUGCUACAAAGACUGGAUUUGUACCGAUGUGUUCAUAUGGAUGUUAAGGCUCUCGCAAAAGCUGUCUCAGAAUAGCAGAUACAAAAACUCAUCCUUCAGUAAAACAAAUAUGCAGAAUACAGAGUAGAGUUUCAAUAAUAGGACUUCUUGUCUAAAGUGUCUAGAAAGGAUACACUUGAAUACCUUUGGGUGUUCCUUUCCAGAAUCCUGAAGUAGUUUUAUGCUUCUGGAAAUCAUCCAAAAGAUAAGCUUUGUUAAGAGUCCCACAUUUAAGAGUCCAGCUUUGCAGCGUCUUUUCAGAGAGUGCUGAGUUUUAAUCAUGCACAAAUCGUCAGUAGUGGCAUUGUGGUGGUUUACGAUUGUAUUAGGUCCUGGGGGGUACUUGGCACCAACAGGUUGGAGCAACAGCAUUGCUCGGUUCUUUGGAGUUUGAAGCAGUACGCACCACAUUAGCCCUGAUGCCUUGCAACCUCGUCCCACCCACAUGCUGCUGGCAGGGCUCCAGGUUUAUGCUACGAUUUGACGCUACAUCCUUAAUUUCCUGCUACCGCUCUCGCUUCAUUUGAGCCACAUUUUCACCAAACAACGUGAUUGCAAACGCCCGCUCACAUUCUCCAAGGCACCAAUAAGCACUGAACAUUUUGGAUGCAGAACAAACAUUUUCCUAGACAAUGUCAAGCUGAUGGAUACCCUGGUAGUGUCAUGGUGGUAUUUCUAGAGAGAGAGAAAGAGCGAGAUAGAGAGAGCAGAUCCCAGGUGAAGGUGGGGUAAUUGGAAGGAUCAUUGUGGGAACAUGCUGGAUAUAACUCUGACUCCUCAUCCUGUAGGGACUCUAUAGGAAAUUGGUUGAUUCGAUUUUGACUUAAACUUGAUCGAUCUGCAUUUUCCGAUGCGGUUUGGAUCAGGAAUAGCUCGGCCCCGCCUCCAAUCUCUUUCUGAUGUACGAUCCCACCCAAAGUCUUUAGAGAACUCGUGCCACAGACGCUGAUACUGGGACAAAUCCUCUUACAUGAAAAAUAAAUAAAAAAAUACACAGCCAACAGACCAAGUCACCAAUGACUGAGUCCCAUCCAUAACAUAGCAUGAACUGCACAACCAUCCACCAACGCCACCUCCCUCCUCCCCCUUCAUAUUUCAUGUUUGGGGAUUAUAUGCUGACCAGCACAGAGUAUUAGGAGCUGGGGUUGUGUGUUUGUGUUCCCUCUUUGCCGUGUCUCUGUCUGUAGGGGUUGGCAGUGGUGGGGUGGGAGGGUUACAUAAGCUUCAGGUUGUCAGAGAUGGAGUUUUCAGACCUGACCUGUUAGACGGCCUCACAUCCACACAAGAUUAAAAGGUUUCAACUUAAUGUUGCUAGAAAUGUAGCUUUCAGACUGACACCAUUCUCUUUGGAUGGAUCAGUGCCAGUGCUGACUGAUCCAGGAUUGAAGACAUACACCAGAGGCAGCAGCAAGAACGACUUCCUAAAGCAGAACGCUGAUAAAAAAAAAAAAGCACAAUUAGGCAGCAGACCAGGUCUAAAGAACUGUAAUCUCAUCCUAAUCUCUGAAGGAUACUUCUUUGAUUUCUGUCUGCUCGUAAGAACAAGACUUUUAUUAAGCCUACCUGACUGCCUAAGAGAUGGAUAAAGAUCUGGUGCUAUGCAGAGCUCACACAUAAUUUCUUUAUGUUUCUGGUGGUUUAUUAUCUUUGAGUCCAUUUCUGAAGCACACUGAAACCAAAAUGGGAUUUCUGCUGGUCUGAGUAAAAUGGCACAGUGGAACGGCACGGCGCAAAGACCCAAGGGCAACCAACAUCUGUGUUAAAUGUGCAUCACAGACUUGUUAGCUAUCCGUAAUAUAAUCGUAAAAUGAAGGUAAAUCUUGAGUUAAGAGCAAUGAAGCAAUCAGGGCCCUCAAAACAAUACCAGCUAAAAGAAAAAGUUUAGUUGUCACUUUGUCAAUUUACGGUACUGGAAGUUAAAAUUUACUUGGUCAAAAGAACUUGUCACUAAGAGUCACAGCAUAAAAAAAAAAAAAAAAAAAACAAACAAAAAAAAAAACCUUAAACGUUCAAAUAUGCAAAAAUUCGGUGUUAUAUUUUUAUUAUGAAAUUCAGAGGAACAAGUGUAGAUGAUUCAGUUCAGACGGUCAUGUUUGGGUUGUGAUCACAUGUUAACUAAAUCACUGCUUCAGAUGAAACGUAAAUUUACUGUGUUGGUGUUUCUGUGUUAUUCAAGUAUGAAGCAACAAAUACUGAAUGAAAAUUAAGUUUUUCACAUUGAAUGCUCUUUUUAUUUCUUGACAUAAAUCUCAACUUAUCAAUUCAUGUCUUUUCAUUUGGAGACAUUAUUUCAACUCAUAAGGCUGAGAGAACCUGUCUGUUCCCGUAUCCUUAAAAGCUAUUUUGACGUCAUUUUAAAUCACUUGUGUUCACCAACAAUUCUCUGCUUUCAUUUUAUUAAAC